UCGAAUCAGUAUACUUUGAACAGUCGCGAAGAGAAAAACACCCAAUAAAUAUGUGGAAGAAAUUAAUUUUUUCUGUGGUACUUGUGGCCUUUGUGGGCGUGCAAAUCGCCAGCUCGCUGACCUGCUACAGCUGUAAUGAUGCCACCUCCUGCAGGAACCCCACGGUCCAGACCUGCACCAACGCCACGGCCAAUGCGAGCAGCCUCUGGCUGUCGACGUACCACAACGAUGUGCCCGAAGUGGGUGGCAGCCAGAGCUUCUUGUGUGCCAAUCUCACCUACUACACAGGCCCCCAAAUCCCUGCCACAACACCUUAUGGCCCAAACAACACUCGCACGAGUGAGUUCCUGGGCUGUGCCCAUCCGGAUAUCAGGAUCUGUGCUCGUACUCUGACCGAUCCGGAUGCCAGGGCCAACUGGAACUCGCACUGCGGCGUCUGCUAUCUCGACAACUGCAAUUCCCAUGGACCUGCAGGAACCUUCAGUGGCAGUGCGUACACCAUGAUUGGUUCUAUUGCUGUGUUGCUAGUGGCCAAGGUUCUCAGUUAAGCUGUAGAAAAGUGCUUAAACGCUUCGUGGAAAUGUAUUCGAUGAACUUCGAUUCCCCGAAAUAUCAAAAAAUGCACUCAAAAUAUUGUAAAUUGAAUCACAUUUAUUAUGGGAGAGAUGAUUAUUAAUAAAAUCGACAAUGAC